AUGGAGCCCAAGCUGUACAAGCACGCCCUUCUGCUUGGUCUCGUGCUCCUCCUCCACGCCUUCAGCCUCUAUCACGCCGCCGAACAUGAACAGAAAAAGUCGCUAUUAGCGGACGCAGUGGAUCAUCAGCUCCACGACGACCCAACGCCCGGAAACUCGACCAGAGUGAAACGUCAGUUCGGCUGUCCCUCCGGCUGCUACUCGUCAUGCAUGAACAACGCGCAAUGCCAACGAUAUCAGGUGGCGACUGUCUGUAUGUUGGGCUGUUGUUGUCCGCAGACUAAUUUGUCGUGUGAGUUAAUGAGGAAAAUUCAUAGUUUUGACCUUAAAUAUAUUAUCCAUAGGGAUCAAUGUUGACAAAACUUAUUUUAGCCGCCUGCGACGGAGAUCCGGCUGUAGCCGCUUGUCUGAAUGGCCUGUGUGGGCAGGGAUACUUCUGUAACAACAAGAACUUUUGUUGUCGUUGUCAGUCCGGCACAUCGCCUGGUAAGUCGGAUUUUUUUUAUUGCACCGUGCAAUAGGUCUUGUCGAAAAAAAGAGAGUAUAAUUUCCUUGUACGUGGUUCGAUAUUUUUGAAAUUUUGUAGGGUUCUUCUACAUCGUUCACACAUUAACUGAAGUAAAUUUUAUCUUACGUUGUAUAUCCGUAGUCGAGAUAUUAACUCUUUUUUACGAGAGAGUAUAUAAAACAGUUAGAGUCGGGCAGACAGAAAAAUUUUUUAGCAGAAACUUUUAUCUUGCCUGGAAAAGUAAAUUUACCACUGAAAUUUUUAAAUAUUACACUGUAAAAAACAACCCGAAAAUCUAUUUGUAAUCAAAAUUCCUUUUUUCAGGACCCUGCGUCAACAACUUGUGUCCCGCCGGCUACGCCUGCAACACGAACAACUACUGCUGUUCGCUGGGCUCGGGCUCGGUGCUGGGGCCCUGCGUGAACGGCCGAUGUCCGGACGGGUACGCGUGCGGCGCCGGCAACCUGUGCUAUCCGGUGACGGCGACGGACGGAAGAGGCAGAUAA